AUGCAUCCAGUUGUCUUUGACCAGUGGCGGGCUGACUGGGAUGGGUUCGGGGAGGCAAACGUGAAGCUUCCCAACAUCCAUGCGCUGGCGAACAAGGGCGUCCGAUUCACCAGGGCCUAUGCGGCGUCUCCGGCCUGCUCACCAUCACGCGCGGCUCUGGUGCUUGGGCGGGAGUUCCAGCAUUCUCCAGUCAAAUAUAACCGUGACAAGUACCUGACGACUUCCGGAUGGCAGCCUCACAUACACCGGACUUUCCCAACUCUUCUGAGAAAUGCUGGCUACUUGACAUUCUCAACUGGCAAAGAUCACUUGGUCAGCGUUGAGAGCAAGAACAUGGAUGCAGACAUGAGCUUAGUAGGCUUUGACUAUUACCGCCGGGUGAAUGACAAAUACCUCCUGUGCGAGUAUGCAAACGACAACUAUACCAAUUACUUGCAGUCGCGUGGUAUGUUGAGAGAAUUCUGCGUGUCGAAUGGCCAGUUUGGUCAGGGCUACACCUGCAACUCUACUCCAGUCUGCGACAAUUACGACUUCACGGAGUGCGGUUUCCGCUGCCAAAGGCCAGCAUUCCGUGAGGGCAUGGACGUUGACACCUGGACGCGCCAGUCUGCACAAGACUUACUUGACGAGCAUUGGCGAGAAAGUGGCCAGCCAUUCUUUCUUCAAGUUAAUUUUCCCAGCCCUCAUCCACCCUUGGCCCUACCUGCCGGAAAGCUGAAGAACCGGAUGAUGAACCUUCCGAAAGCUAUUGAUACCGCGGUGCCUUACCACUGGAUGUUACGAAAUGGCAGUCUUCUCAGAAUCCCAAAGCCGUCCCUCGAGUUCAGCAACUUCACUGAGAGUCGAGCAAAUUACGCCGCUCUCCUGGAGCUGCUUGACAGCGAACUUGGUCAGCUGCUGAACUUCUUGGAAAGUGUCCGGGACUUGCGAGACACAAUCAUAUUCCUGACAAGCGAUCAUGGAGAACACCUGGGAGAUCACGGAGAGUGGUCGAAAUUCAGCCCCUGGGAGGUGUCCAAUCAUGUUCCUUUGAUAGCAUCAGGGCCCGGCAUCCUCUCGGGCCGGGUCGAGACGACGCCAGUGUCCAUCAUUGACUUAGCCGCAACUUUCUUGGAUUUGGCAGGUCUGCAGCCAGCCCCCUGGAUGGAUAGUCGCUCACUGAUGCCAGUUCUCUCAGGCUCAGGUCCAGCUACCAGAUCGGUGGUCCUCAGCGGAUUCAUUGACGACAUUGAGGCCUCUCUGAAAGAAUCGCAGCAGCCGUUUUUCUUCGAGGCGGCCGCGUCACUUUUCAACACCUCCAUGCUAAAGCUGGUGUGCUGUCCAAUGGGCUGCGUCAAGCAGGGCACGAUGCUCCCUGUGAAGCUGGAGCCACAAGUGGCAUUGAUGAAUGUCACUGCAGGCCACGGCGCUGCCAAGUUCGAGCACGACAUCCUUAACAAGCCGCCUGGAAGGGGCAUGCCAGAAGCGCUGCACCUGAUGCAGUUCCUGAGUGAGCCGCGGCAAGCUGUCUGCUUAUCAGUGCUUGAUGCGUUCCGCAAGUAA